AUGUCCGCCGCUCCUCCAAAGCCUAACGUUGGCGCCAGCGGUGGCACAGCAGGCCCCAGCAUGGGCGCUGCAACCGCCAUCGUGCAAGGCGGCGUCAACAACCUGGCGAACCUGUCUGGCAGCUAUCUCGAUCGCUUCUUCCCGCCCCGGCAACGCCAACAGUGGAAGGCAGCGCUGAUCAAGUUCGCCACCGAACGACCGUACCUUGCAAGUUUCCUGCUCAGUCAAACUGCCAUCAGCGGCCUUCCGCUCCUUCUCUUCGGGCUCAUGACCGUGACGGUCUUUACAUUCGCCUUGCUGGCAGGCGUACUUGUGGUCCUGCUCGGAGUUCUAUUGUUUGUGACCGUCGCGGCGGGGUUUGCCUUAAUCAUUCUCUUACCGACCCUGUUCUUCACCACAGGGGUAGGGGUGUUUGUCUGGCUUUGCGGCAUCGGAAUGUAUUUUGUGUUUAAAUGGGUCAAUGAGAAGGACGCAUCAGGAGCUACGGCGGCUCCCGGUAUGGGGAGCGCAAUGGUCAGACCUAGCGGCCCUGGCAAUACCCAAGGCGUCAAUGGGAAUAUCCAGGCCGGGCCGGCCAGACCGAGCGGUCCCAGCAAUCCUCAGGGCGUCAAUGGCAAUCCGGCAGGUGGAACGCCGAGACCUAGCGGUCCUACCAAUCCUCAGGGUGUUAAUGGCAAUCUAGCUGGUGGACCGCCGAGACCCAGCGGCCCUAGCAAUCCUCAAGGCCUCCAUGGACACCCAGGAGGCGGGAUGACUAGACCUGCGGGUGCCGUCAACCCUCAGGCCGGCGGUCCAAGGCCAAACCCGAACCCAAAUAUGCUGCAGAAGCCCCCGGGCGCGGGACCGGGACCGGGACCACAGUCUCAGUCAAAUGGCGUGCCCGCCAACAACGUUAACGGCGUCAACGGCGCCAGCAACCCUGCCAACCCUAACAACAUGAAUAAUGCCCCUCCCCCUAAUAACGCAAAUAACACUCUCCAACCAAGCACCGCCAACGGCAUGAACAUGGCCCAUUCUCCUCCCCAGAGAAAACCCGUCGCCAGCAGACCGCCCUCAGUGAGCCCAGGGCCGAGAGUACCGGUGCCGGGAGAGGGUGGCGCGUCGCAGGGAGCUCCUAUUCCUACGCCUGCCCCUAGCCCGACCCCGACCCCUAUGUCGGCUCCGACCCAGGUCUCAGCCCCGGUUCCUCUGCCUAUUGCUGUGGCAAAUGCAAUGGCUGACCCAGCCGGAGAGCAGUGA